AUGCGAUAUUCGCCGUUGCAUUGGUCCUUCUUGUUGUUGUCAUGGAUGGCACAGACCACCACCAUCUAUGCUAUGCCUCAAUUCAAUGAAGUCAAUGGAUACCAGGUCAAUGGCACACGAUGUCCCUUGCAGACGUACCACGCCUUUCCUUGUCCACAGCUAUGCGUGCGUGACAUAGAGGAUUGCCCUUUACAUGUUCGGCCAACAUGCCCACCCAAUCACACUUUUUGCGUGGACGGCACUUGCCGCACACAAUGUCCCUCUGAUAUCAUAUCCAAAUGUGAAUGCCGUGGUGCACCAAGGUUACAACAAGGUGCAGCAGCCUAUCCUUGCAAAUCCGGUGAUACAGUUGACAUUCCAAACUUCAACUCCUCCCAGCUGGUAUCCCACCAGGCAUGUGCCGAUCAUUUGGGUAUUAGUUCGGUUUCAAAUUGGGUCUCUGAACCUAUCCACAUGAUGUGGGGCCAAUGUCCAAAACCUGCAUACGGUCACGUGACCUUCACAGAGCCUAUCUACAUUGGCAUCUAUGCCUUUUAUGGUCUUUGCAUCGGCACAAUCUUAGGAUGGUUGGCUUAUAAACGACUUCAAGAAAAGCAUGUCAUUGAAGACUCCUACAAAGAUGCCAGCUUGCAGCAUAUGAACCAGCUUUAUGCACCAAAAGAAAAAGAUCCAAGCAACAUGCAGCAGCAGCAGCAGUACAAUGGAACCAAUGCUGCCAAUGACGUACAAUCGAUGGAUGAUGACACCAUGCUGAUUACAGCUUAUCGACGUGAUAUCAUUGGCAUGACAUGCUUUGUCCUUUAUGCACUCGAGACAGCUGGCAUGGUGGUGCUGUUGCUUGUAAUGACAUACGAUUACUAUAAUGACUUUUUGCUCUUUCGAGGUGACAAAUUAAUCCAGACAAGUACGUUCAUCGGCGUAUGGUACAUCUUCGUUAUUUGGUUCUUUUGCUUGGUCCUCUUUCGAGAUCGUUUGAUCAACUUUUUCCGCAUUCGAUGUUCAUAUGACAAAGGGCAAUACGUACAAGUGGAAAAAGAUGAACCAGCCAUGAUCUUUAUUGAACAUGAAAACUCAAUCAUGCGAGGGGUGCGAUGGCUAGAGAAAACAACAAAGCAUCAACUUGGCCUCGACGUUGUAGUGAAAACAGCUCGCCUACAACAAACAAAAGCCGGCGCUCGAUACUUUGUGUAUCAAUGCACACGCUAUCUCUACAACUCUGAGACACGACAAUUUUUGCCUUACGUAUUCCAACUCGGUCAACAAUGUGAUGAGCUUGCCAAACAAAAUCAGGGGUUGACGAGUGAAGAGGCAUACAGGCGUCAAGAAAUGAUUGGGACCAAUUUCAUUGAGGUCUAUGUGCCCAAUUUUAUGAUGGCAUUGCUACGUGAAGCUACAUCGUUCUUUUACAUUUACCAAUUUACAAUACUAUGGCUGUUUUAUUAUUACGACUAUUGGCAGGUGGCUAUUGCUGAUACAGGUGUCAUUCUUCUCUCGGCAUUAUUCAAGGUGAUUGUACGACUUCGAGCAGAAAAGCGGAUCAAGAGCAUGGCCGAGUUUACAGACAACAUCAAACUUUUACGAGAUGGCGAGUGGAAAUCAUUAUCAACAACGGAGAUGGUACCUGGCGAUGUGUUUGAAGUUGAGAGUGGAAAAGUGGCACCUUGUGAUGCAGUGAUAUUGAGCGGCAAUAUCGUGGCGGAUGAAAGCUCAUUAACGGGUGAACCCUUACCGAUUCGUAAAUUCCCACUACGCACCGAUGAUCACUCACCAUACAAUCGAAUGGGGACCGGCAAAACGAGCACCAUCUUUGCAGGCACCACCAUUUCGCAAGCACAACGAGAUGCCACUGAUCCCAAUCAACGAGUAGCCGCUUUGGUGACACAAACAGGAACAGCUACUGAUAAAGGCCAACUUGUCAAACGCAUUCUUUUCCCAACACGUGUCUCUUUUAUUUUCGAUGAGCAGCUAAAGAUAGUCAUCUUGAUCUUGUGUACGUGUGCCCUGAUCGUUUUGUGUUUGGCCAUUUGGAUGUAUACACGAGGCACUACGGCUUGGUUCUAUGCCACUUUUGCCGUUGCUCAAUUGGUUUCACCCCUACUCCCUGCUGCAUUGGUGGUAGGCCAAUCGGUUGCUUCAGGCCAUUUAAGGAAGAAGAAGAUCUAUUGCGUUGAUCUACCUCGAAUCUUGAUGGCUGGCAAAGUGCAGAUCUUUUGCUUUGAUAAAACGGGCACCUUAACAAAGGAGGGGCUUGAAUUUUAUGGUGUCCAACCCAUUGAGCAUAACAAUGAACCCACCCAAGACAAAGACGGCAUCAAAGCAACUCCCGCAUUUGGACAACAUUUUCUGGAUAUGCAACAAGCGGUGCCUGAUUUGAUGAAAAUGGGUAUUGCUACUUGCCAUGCUGUCACCACCUUGAAUGACCAAUUUAUCGGCAAUCCUGUUGAUAUUGAAAUGUUUCGUUCAUCGGGAUGGACUUUGAAACAACGAACAGCUGAAGAUAUAGAUAAAGGGUACAUUGACACCAUCAUCCCUGCUGCACAAUCCCCAGGUGACCUUGUGACCCCCUUCCAUAUUGUAAAGAGGUUCGAAUUUGCACACGAUCGUAUGUCCAUGUCCGUCGCUGUGUUGGAUACACGCACCAACAAAAUCCAUGUCUUCGUCAAAGGUGCUUAUGAAAAGAUUAAGGACAUCUCCAAUGCAACAUCCGUGCCUGGCAAUUAUGAUUCUGCCACUGCUAACCUUGCUCAUCAAGGAUGCUACGUACUUGCUAUGGCUCAUCGUGAAUUGGAUCUUGAAGCUAUAGGCGGCUUGAGCUGUUUUCGAGAAUGGAGUCGAGAUCAAAUGGAACAAGAUAUCAACCUUAUUGGCCUUGUCAUAUUCAAGAACCAGCUUAAAGCGGAUACAGCCGAGAAUAUUGCUGCAUUGAAACGAGGUGCAACACGUACAGUGAUGAUUACGGGUGACACAGCAUUGACGGGCGUAUACAUUGCAAGGCAAUGUGGGAUGGUUCCACAGGGUGCCAAAGUGCUGUUAGGUGAUUAUGAUCGCUUUCAAGACACGGUCGUAUGGAAAAACGUGGAUGAAUCACCCGAAGAUGAAAAGCCAAUCAUGAUCGACAAUGUCCAUGAAUACAUGUCUGAUAAUCCAGCCACCAACAUUGAGCUCGCCAUGACCGGCAAAGCGUUUCAAUGGAUGAUGGAGCAUGAUUGGAUUCGGCAUUACUUGUUGGAUGUGCGCGUCUUUGCACGAAUGACGCCAAGCCAAAAAGUGCAAUGUGUUCAGCUGCAUAUGGAACGUGGUAUCACCGCCAUGUCGGGUGAUGGUGGUAAUGAUUGUGGUGCGCUACGUGCUGCUCAUGUUGGUAUUGCCAUGUCCGAUGCCGAAGCAUCCAUUGUUUCCCCUUUUAGUACAAGUCAUCGUAGUGUUGCUUCUUGUGUUGAGUUGCUGCGUCAAGGCCGUGCUGCAUUAGUUACCUCAAUCACCGGAUACAAAUAUUUGGUUUUGUAUGGGCAAAUCAUGAUGAUGCUCAAGAUCUUUUCAUUUUACUUUGCUAUGGGUAUGCCACAAUACGUAUGGAUUGCUGUCGACUUUUUCAUUACCGUGCUCUUAACAUGGGCCGUGUCACAAGCCAAGGCUGCAAAGGAUCUUGCACCACAACGACCCACUGCACGUCUUUUGGGACCACAAACAUUAGCUUCAUGUGUUGGACUUGUAGUCAUCAAUUGGCUAUUCCUAUCAGGUGCCUUUGUAAUGCUAUUCAAGCAACCCUGGUAUCGAUGUAAUGAAUUUGACAGCUCUACCGUGGAUACGUCCAAAUGGGCAUUGCUUUCCAAAUACUAUGAGCCUGAAAUUGCAUCACUCGUAUGUUUGACCCAAUUCGUCAACAGCGCUGCCGUGUUUAAUUUUGGCGACAAGUAUCGACAAAGCUGGUGGCGGAAUUAUGCCUUGGUGGUGCUAUGGAGUGCAUAUCUUGCUAUCAUCUUUUAUUGGAUUCUAGCGGAUCCCAACCCUUUCAGCUGUGCAUUUCAAUUCAAUUGUGGAACAAAAAGCGUCCUUAAGCAAAUCGGAUACGACUAUCCAUCAUCGCUUCCACCUUACGAUACACCACUUGGUCACAAUGUCAUGCCACGUGAUUUUCGAUGGAAGCUCUGGGGCCUUUGCGUUGGUAAUGUUAUUGCUGCACUCUUAUACGAAAAGCUGGUGGUAUUAGGACCUGUGCGCGAUUUUUUGGCUCGUAAAUUUCCUUUGGAACGUCAAAAGCUCAAAUACUAG